AUGUCGCAGGCCUCGCUAGCUCCGCCCGAAGUAUGGCGGCAUCUCCUCCGAACCACGCUCCGUGAAUGUUCCUACCUCCCAGACCCAAUCGCGAGAAAAUACAUGCACAAAUAUGUCCUCGAACGAUAUCGUAAGAAAGUGUCCGCAUUCGCUCCUGACGAGCAGAAAGACACGAAACCUCGUCGUACGUCUGCUAAGCAUCAAGAACGACUGAACGCCAUGAGCCUCGAAAAGCAAAAAAAGCUACAGAAAUCAGCUAGAAGCAUCCUAUCAUUGAUACGACGGGGAAAUCAGGGCUAUCAAUUACCUCUAGACAAGAUACUGAUGCUCGCAUACGGACGAGUUGGCGCCAAGAAAUACACCCUCCUCUCUGAAAUAGUCCCCAAUGGUCGUGGUGGAAACAAAGUCUUCAACUCCAGCGCCGAUAUCGAAAAGUACCUUGAACAGAAAAAGAAAGAAUCAACUGGGGAUGACUGGCAGCUUCCGGAAGUCCUCCAUGCCCUGAUCAAAUCACAAAGAAACGACUCUUUUGUACGCUCUGCCCACGGGAAACGCUUUCGGGCGGGCGAUACCAUCAAGAUACCCAGAUUGAACAGCUGGAUGAAACCACUACCCGAGUGCCGUCGCGAGAACAUCAGGAAACGUAUACUCCACAGAUCAAAAUUCGCAGCUCUCCCMCCUGCCGAUCCAGACGAAGUCAACACUCUACGAGGUCUGAUAGACGGCACCGAGCCAUGGAAGCCACCCAUUCGACGAGUCAAUGUGCUCCCCGCUGCUAAGAAAUCGGCACUUGAAUCUUUAAUACAUGAAGGACCGCAAGGAGGUCUGAGUUUCAAGCAGGCAUACGCUGAUGGAAGACCUCACCGCUUGACGCGGAAGUUCAUGCGCAGUAUAUGGAAGAAAGUAUACAAACUGAUGCCUGUACAGGGCAUUAAUCUCGAGGGACGGCCGAAGUUCGACUUUCCGACCUUCAAGGGGCGGAGAUAUACAUUAACGAUGGGGAAGGAGGAGUUUCAGAGCAUUUUGAAUAACGAUGAACAUGGCCAUGAUAUCGCGUCAUUAGCGACGAAUAGUGAGCAUAGAGAAGAGACAACGGACCGUGGCGCUGAAAGCUCUAUUCAAUGA